AUGUCCUCUAUAAACGGCAAAGAUACCCCCGAACACGACGAAUAUCAGUACCUAAAUCUGAUCAGACGCGUCCUUGACACUGGGGACUCGCGGAUAGAUCGGACAGGAACUGGCACAAUAUCCAUUUUCGCGCCACCUUCUUUGCGCUUUUCUCUUGCCGACUCCACCCUGCCUUUAUUGACGACGAAACGCACGUUUCUACGUGGAAUUGUCGAAGAGUUACUCUGGUUUAUCCACGGAUCCACAGAUUCGAUGCUGCUAUCCAAAAAGGGCAUCAAAAUCUGGGAUGGGAAUGGGUCAAAAACAUUCUUAGAGGGUCGAGGGUUAGGUCAUCGCAGGGAAGGGGACCUUGGCCCUGUGUAUGGCUUUCAAUGGAGGCAUUUUGGCGCGGAAUACGUUGACUGUGAUAAGGACUACGCGUCAGAGGGAGUGGAUCAGCUUAAGGAGUGUAUCCGUAAAAUCAUCGAGAACCCCACCGACAGGCGUAUUAUUCUAAGUGCUUGGAAUCCUAAAGAUAUUCCCUUAAUGGCUUUACCGCCGUGUCAUCUUCUUUGCCAGUUCUAUGUUCAUCUCCCACCCGCAGACGCUCCACAUCAGAAGCCAAAAUUGUCUUGUCUGAUGUACCAGCGCUCUGCUGACCUUGGGUUAGGCAUUCCUUUCAACAUUGCCUCGUAUGCGUUGCUUACGCAUAUGAUUGCGCGUGUGACCGGGACCGAUGCCCAGGAGUUAAUUAUUCAACUCGGAGAUGCACAUGUCUAUCGUGACCAUGUGGACGCACUCGAAGAGCAACUAAAGAGGGAACCGAGGGUGUUCCCGAAACUGAAAUGGGCCAGGGAUGAUAUCGCCGACAUUGAAGAAUUCGUUUAUAGCGAUUUUGUGGUCGAGGGGUACAAUCCGCAUCCAGCUAUUCCCAUGAAGAUGAGUGUAUGA